AUUCAAUUUCUUGUAAACUAUUGUUGAUUCUUCAUUCUGAAGUAAAUAUGUAGCAAUUCGUUAUGUACCAAUUAGUUCCUAUAUAAUGGCAUACCGAGGAGGCUAUGAACCUUUCAACUUCAAACUGCAUUAUUGUCUUUUUUUUUUUGAACAGAUUGCAAUAAUGAGAAUAAUGAUGACACAUUCACAAUUUAACAGAGUUUAUUCUCAGAUGUCUUUAGUCGUAUUCUUACAUGUUACGUCCACCUUGAUUGUAAAACAUUGUCGCACAAAAUCUUUAUUUUGGGAUAUUGUGAAACUAAAUUUAGAAAACUUGUUGCUUAAGUAAUUUCUAUGCAUACAAUAUGUUUUGGAUGUCAAUUUUUGCUGAGUCAAUUUGAAAGCAAUUUACUUGCUGGUGGAAAGAAAUAAUUUUGAAAAACUUUUAACUUAUUUUUUGGAAAUAUACUGCAAAUAACUUUACAACAUUCUAUACGUAACUUAUUUGCUAAUUAUUAUCAGCCACAUAUAUAGUUCAGUCAUAUAUAUACAGGAAUAUUAUAACGAUAUAUAAGAAAACAUAAUAGUAUAACAGAUUUCAGCAAAUGAUAUUGAAAAUUAAAUGGGCAUAAAACAACUAAUAAACCAUCCAGCAAUUCUCAUUGUGCUUCUUACACCACUACCAAGGCAAGGUUUUUAUCGUAACAUCUCUGAAGACAAUUGAUUGUAGUUUGAUAAAACUACCAUAACUACAGUCAUACAUGGAUAAUUCUGUCAAUCCCGAAAAGAAGAGAAUUUUCUCUAAGCUGCUAGGUAUUUUAACCCAAGGUGUGGUAUUAAAACUAGAUAGUAUGGCCUUCUGGAAAUUUUGGGUCUGCUUACAGAUAAAGCGAACGGUAUCGCAAAGUUUCACAUUUUAAAUUACUUUCAAUCGAUGGAUAUUAAUAAUAGGUUGAGCCAAAUAUAGAGUAAUAAAAUUUAAAUACAAUCCUCUUAACAAGAUGAAUGUGCCCGUCGUUGGGAAACCAUGUCAAUGGGUCAUUACUAUUAAUCACUGUAUAUUUGAAGUAGAAGGGAGUAUAGAUAUCAGCAGAAACAUGGUAGUAACGACCUAAGCUAUCCACAUAGAUGGAAUUAUACAACUUUGGUUUGUUCAAAUAGUAUAUUAAGGAGCUAACAGUAAAAUUUUCGCAUAUGUGGAUCUGAGUGAGAUGACCUAACGUGUUUAACAAGAAUAUCAUCAAGUAACAAUGUAACUGAGAACUUCGCCUCUGUAGUAGCUGAAAUCGUUUCUGUAUUUAUCGCUUGGAUGGUAUUAAUACGCUGGGUGAUUUGUAUUAUACGGUCAAUGUUUUAUAGUAUAUAUUUCAUUUGUUUCAUGGGCACUUCUGCUAUCUUCUUCACCUACGGAUCUUUAUUUGAUGGGGGUAACAUUUAGUUUAAAGAACAUAUGUUAGACUGCUUUGAUCGGAUAAAGUCAACUGUUUGCUUAAGAAUAUGAAUUACAUUUCAGUUUUACCCAGAGCUCAGACCAGGUCUUUAAACAGACCAGCAAAUAUCUGUUCAUAACAAGCAUACAUGUAUUUCUAAAGUGACGCAGGAAAUUUUAAAGUCCAAAAUAUUAUUACCAGGCUGCAAUUUUCUCUGCUUUACUUUUUUUUGUGGUCACUCGGUCGGAUAAAUAUUCAAGCUGCAAAGCGAAGCCGGUAAUAUUAUUUUGGUAUAGAAAUGUUUCUACUUGGGGAACUUUUUAUGAGCCUCGAGGAGCAUAACUGUAUGAUUUUCCUU